UUUUAUUUCAUUUUCUUUCAAAACUGUUUCUCUCUUGUUUUGUGUUACAGGUAUUUUAUUUAUCUGACUACUUAAAUUUAGGAUAGUUAAUAUUUUUAUUUAAAAAGUUUUGUGCUGUUUUUAAAUUUGGAAUUCGUAUUUAUUCAGAUGUGAUUUAGUUUUAUCGGAAUUCUUAGUAUGAAGUUAUAAGUGUAAAGUUACAAAGUGUAAAUUACUUUUUGUCAAGAGUAUAUUUUUAAUCGUACAGGAUAUUGAGAAGAGAAAUUAUGACUUUGACUAUGACUAAAAAAGUUAUUGAAUGCCAAGCGGAAACCUUACAAUUUAUGCCAAUAGAAAAAGUAGAAGAUGAAUGCAGCACAGAGAACUAUAGCUCUGGCAGUACCCUCCUCAAACGUGGCAAGAAAUUGGAAGACAACAAUAACUUGACCAAAGAAGAUUUGGAGUAUAUCAAUUAUAGGCAGCUAUUGAAGUAUGAAGAAGCCCCAGCAUACUUGCAGCACAAUCCAUACAUAAGAGAUGGAUAUCGGAAGAUGUUACCAACAAGAUUAUGUUGGGAGAGUGUAUUCUGGUGGACAAAUGAAACAAUGAACAUUUGGACACAUGUCUUCGGAUUCUUCCUAAUAAUGAGUCUGACGAUCAAUGAUCUCCUACUUAUAAAUAUCCACGCGACGAUGGCGGACAAAGUCGUGGCAGCUGUAUUAUUUUCUUGCUUUAUGAUAUGUAUGGCCCUCUCGGCGCUGUACCACACGUUCUCUUGCCGUUCAGAGACUGAUUACAACACUUUCCUGAUGUAUGACUUAUUUGGAAUAGCGCUGUCGUUACUGGCCAUAUACACGUCCGGAGUGUACUACGCGUUUUGGUGUAAUUACGAGCUUAAAGUCUUCUACAUGAUAACAGUGACCGUGAUAUUCGUGGUGGCGAUGACACUGCAAAUACCUAGGUUGAACGUCUCCUAUCUGGUGAAGAUGUGUGUGUUCAUCGGAUGGGCGGCAUACGGCAUGCUGCCUACCUUACACUGGACAUACAUUAACGGUGGUUUCGACAACCCUUUAGUACAGAUACUCGUCCCUAGAAUCGUUGGGAUGUACCUUAUCAGUGGAACUGCAUUCAUAAUUUACGCUUUUAAGAUACCAGAAAUUUGGUUCCCCGGCAAAGUGGACUACAUCGGUCACUCUCACCAAUGGUGGCACAUUCUAGUACUGGGAGCUCUCUAUUACUGGCACAAUACAGCGAUGUUAUACGUACAGUACAGGAUGAACCACGGCUGCGCAAGUACCAUGAGGAUAUUUUAAUUUAUUUAUAUGUAGCUUCCACGAGCCACCCUAGAACAAAAUAUAGGCGAUCUUUUGUCCUAUUAAUUGUAUGAUGCACAAACUGAAGUUAUCUACUUAAACUUUGUCUUUUUACCCGACUGCCAAAGAAAAUAGGGUAAUGUCUAUCAGGCGUAUAUAUGUAACUAGUAAGCAAAUAAAACGUGGUGUCAGAGAGCUUAAGGUAACAUGACACUAUAAACUAAAUAUGACGCUCGUGAAUCGCCGAAAUCGUAUUUUUUUUUUUGUUAUUUUGUCACACACAUACUCGUGUUUUAUGUGUGAUAUAUAACAUAAUGUUAAUCUUACUUUAUUAAUCUAUGUUGUCUAUACAAUGUGAGGAUGUUGAUGAAAAAAACAAACUUCCAAAACAAAUAAAAUUUGCUUUGGUGCUACUUAACGAGAACCUCAGAUGAAAGAAUUGGUGUACGAAGGCCUUUAGCUUUACAUACGACUCCAAUAUACUGUAUAUCUGAGUCGUUAUAUACGUAAUUUAAAAAAAAAAUACAGAAGUGAUUUUUAUUUUCUAGUAAAACUAUUGAUAUUAUGAUAUUGAAAGAU